AGAUUUCCUUUGAUAAACAAGACUGUUGUCAGUUCAGAAGAGACUGUUCACUUGCUUAUAUCUCUCAUUCACUCUUAUAAUUCCUUUAUUGUUAAACAUUGUAUUAUGUGUGCACUUGUCUAUGAAAAUAAUAUAUAUAUUACACUUUGAAAUAUAGAUAUGUAUAAGUGGUAAAGAUAUAUUGUCUGAAUAUAUGAAUUAAACUUUAAAGGAUAUAUGACAGUGGAUGUUUUACUAGUGUAACUAUGUAUUAAAACAGCGUCUUGCAGAGCCAGUUUCUGCCUGUGUCAUUCCUAUUUAAUAUACGAGUGGUGUUCUAUUUACUGGGUUGUAUGUACCCCGUCAACUGUGUUUAUGUGGUGUAAGAUGGGACGUGAGUAGACAAGAAGUGAGUGAACAGACAAGAAGUGAGUGAGAAUACAGAAGUCCUCAGCAACAUGACUGCUGCACGCAACAUACAACGUCUCGUAUACUUAGUGGGGUUUCUGGAUCUGGCUGCUGUGAUGCUGAUCAUUCCACUCUUCGUAGUUCAUCUGCGUCGUAUUGGUAUGUCUCCCCUGGUGAGUGGGGCUGUACGCUCAUUCUACGGCAUUCUACAGUUGGUUUCCUGUCCUCUGGUGGGUCGUAGUAGCGACAAAUAUGGGCGACGGCCGCUGCUAUUGCUGGGUCUGGCUCUUUCAGCUAUGGGUUACUUUGUCCUGGGAGCUUCUGAUUCUUUACUAGUCAUGGUUGUCUCCAGAAUCAUAACAGGUAAUUUUUUAGGCCUAGCCUUCAUUGUGGGACCGAUAAUAGGAGGUCAUCUGACAGAGCUUCAGGACGGCUUCUCUCGCGUGUGUUACAUCACUGCUGCAGUUUUCACCCUUAACUUUGUUUUGUGCUUUGUGUUUCUUCCUGGUGUACUCCCUGCUCCUCAACCUGGAAGAGCCAAGCCUAGACACACACCAGUGCCUAGAGAAUCAGAUAAGGAAGAGUCCUCUGAGGAACAUUUGGUCAUUGGUCAAGACAAAGGUCAUUUGUCUCAAGAGCAAAUAGACAUAGGACAGCUAGAACAGAAAGAUUCACGGCAGUUUGUUCAGGAAGAACAAUCAUUGGAGGAUCAACCAGUUCCUGAUCAGUUAGAUACAAAAUUGACUGAAGCCGAGACACUGAAACAAGUAUUUCACUUCAUAAAGGACAUUGACUGGCAAGUGUUUGGAGAUGUUUUCAUGAUAGAUUUUUUCCUCACAUUUGCUGCCUUUGCCUACAGGUCCAGCUUUGUCCUGUCAGUUGAUGAGAUGUUUGAUGCAAGUCCAAAGACAAUUGGUUAUAUCAUAUCAUUUCAGGGAAUUGUUGGAGCGGUUGCUGGGUUCUUCACGGGAAAGUUAUCACAGUUUUAUAAUGACUCACAACUUGAGCUGUUUCACAGCUCUGUCCUACAAGUUCUCUCUCUUCUUGGGCUCACCUUAGCUCCAACAGUUUCCUCAAUUUUGAUUUUAUUGGUUCCUCUCUGUAUCAGUGACACUAUUAUACGCACCAGUGUGUCAACCAUUGUUAUUAAUCGCUGUGAUCCUUUGAAGAUUGGGUCAGUAACUGGUUUUGGACAAAGUAUUCCUGCUGUGGCAGGUAUGACAACUCCAAUCUUAACAGGACUAGCACAAGAAAUUACUGUCUAUGGUCCUGGUAUAAUGGCAUCCUUGUCUGCUGGAAUUGGAGCAACUUUAGCAGGAUAUAUGGUAAUGAAAAAGAAACCAAAAGUAGAGUAAUUAAAUUUAUAUUGUCAUAAUGGCAA